AUGAACGCUCAUAUCCGCUCAUACGGCCCACCUCGGCGUGGGUUCAUCGACGGCCAAGAAUCCUCCCGUGUGCUGCCGCCCUGCGCCAUCUUCGGCAAAGUUUCUCCUCAGCCGGCGUCGGCGAGCACCGUUCUCAACGGAGGCCGCCGCGCCUUUCUUCGGACUGAGUCGCUGUUUCAGAUGGCACUUCAGGCGGUCGACGAGUUCGCAUGGGCAGUCCGCCGUACGCGUUUCGGCUGGCGGUCUGUUGGCCUUCGGCAAAAAGAGCGUGGCGUGGCCCUGAAUCAUUUCAUCGAGAACAGCAGGCAUGUGAUGCUGAUCGCUGCUUGGGCUGGCUGGGUGUGCGUGAUGCAACGGAGCAAGGCGGAGCGGAAUCUCACCACGCGCUACUCCAACGAGCUCCAGGCGGCAGAAGAAGAGCUGGAGUCCUUCAAGGCAAGGCAUUUGAGCAAUAUCCGGAAGGUGCUCCAGCAGAAUCACAAGCGAGAUAACUGUGAAUUGGUGAGUGUCGUGAUGAACGACUGGCGCGAACAAGCCUUCCGGCAAAAGGCAGAGGCUUGGACGGAGGAUAAGAUCAAGACUGUCCAGCUGUCCAUUGGCAGGACGACCAAAGAGAUGUGCAACCGUGCAAAGAAGGUCAUCAGUCGGAUGGUCGAGGAUGAGAAGGGUGCUGCCGUUGGCUCUUGCUUUGCCUCUUGGGUCCUCUUCAGUGUGGCCUAUAAGAAGGACAGGGACUUCGAAGAGAACCUGAAACACUUCGAGCGCCAGAUGCAGGUCUACAAGGACAAGAAGAAGGAGGAUGCUGCGCUCAUCUUGAGCCGAGUCUCCGCUGCCACCGAUAGCGGCUUGGUCCAGCAGACUCUGGCAGCUUGGACCAGCUAUACCUUCGAUGGUCAGAAGAUCAGAGGCUUAGAGGGCAAGGUCUACGGAUAUGACGAUCGGCUGCACGAGACCAAGAAGAAGCACCGGCAGAUCGCCGCAAACCUCUCAGGCCGCACCGGAGAUCAGAUCGACAUGAACACCAUGUAUCAGAGUUGGAUGGCUUGGACCUCCUGCAGCAAGACUGCUCGACUAGAUAAGUUCUUCGGUCAGAAGAUUGACCGGAAACGGCGUCAGCUCUCCAACCUGCAAGUCUUGUUCCAGAACUUUGCGGAUGAGCUUGAGACAGGUUUAGGCACUCGGGAGCAGGAGGAUGAAUCGCGUCCAAAGGCGGAUGGAGUGUCACUGCCAGACAUCCACGCGAAGAAGCACGGCUGA